CGAUACUCAGCGCGCUGACGUCUGACGCUCCAGGUACUUUCCCCGCAGCCGGUCCGGCUUGGCGUGGGGGCGGGGCGGAGCGAGGAGCGCGCAUGCGCCACAGCGCCAGCACUCUCCCCGGAUCGUGCGGGGGCCUGAGCCUCUCCGCCGGCACAGCUCCACUCGCGCUAGCUCGCUCCAGCGGCCAUGUCUGCCACCAUCGAGCGAGAGUUUGAGGAGUUGGAUGCUCAAAACCGUUGGCAGCAGCUGUACUUGGAAAUUCGAAAUGAGUCCCAUGACUAUCCUCAUAGAGUGGCCAAGUUUCCAGAAAACAGAAAUCGAAACAGAUACAGAGAUGUAAGCCCAUAUGAUCACAGUCGCGUUAAACUGCAAAAUGCUGAAAAUGAUUAUAUUAAUGCCAGCUUAGUAGACAUAGAAGAGGCGCAAAGGAGUUACAUCUUAACCCAGGGUCCACUUCCUAAUACAGCUUGUCAUUUCUGGCUCAUGGUUUGGCAGCAAAAGACGAAAGCAGUUGUGAUGCUAAACCGAGUUGUAGAGAAAGAGUCGGUUAAAUGUGCACAGUACUGGCCAACAAAAGACGACCGGGAGAUGCUGUUUAAAGAAACAGGAUUCAGUGUGAAGUUCUUGUCAGAAGAUGUGAAGUCAUAUUAUACAGUACAUCUACUGCAGUUAGAAAAUAUCAAUAGUGGUGAAACCAGAACAAUAUCUCACUUUCAUUAUACUACCUGGCCAGAUUUUGGAGUCCCUGAAUCACCAGCUUCAUUUCUGAAUUUUUUAUGUAAAGUGAGAGAAUCUGGUUCCUUGAAUCCUGAACAUGGGCCUGCAGUGAUCCACUGUAGUGCAGGCAUUGGGCGGUCAGGCACCUUUUCUCUAGUAGAUACAUGUCUUGUUCUGAUGGAGAAAGGAGAUGAUAUUAACAUUAAACAACUGUUACUGAAUAUGAGAAAAUAUCGAAUGGGACUUAUUCAGACACCAGAUCAACUCAGAUUUUCAUAUAUGACUAUAAUAGAAGGAGCAAAAUUUAUAAAGGGAGAUUCAAAUAUACAGAAACGGUGGAAAGAACUUUCUAAAGAAGAUUUAUGUCCUGUUUUUGAUCAUUCACCAACCAAACUAAUGAAUGAAAAAUACAAUGGGAACAGGAUAGGGCUAGAAGAAGAAAAACUGACAGGUGACAGAUAUACAGGACUGUCCUCUAAAAUGCAAGAUGCUGUGGAGGAGAACAGUGAGAGUGUUCUACGGAAACGAAUUCGAGAAGAUAGAAAGACAAACACGGCUCAGAAGGUGCAGCAGAUGAAACAGAGGCUAAAUGAGACUGAACGAAAAAGAAAAAGGUGGUUAUAUUGGCAACCUAUUCUCACUAAGAUGGGGUUUGUGUCAGUCAUUUUGGUUGGCGCUUUUGUUGGCUGGGCACUGUUUUUUCAGCAGAGUGUCCUAUAAAUAAUACAGUUGUGCCCAGCAAGCUUCUGCACUAAUAGCUGACAGUGUUGCAUUAAUCACAAGGAUUUUUCUGUUAGCAAACUUCUCAUAUCCCCAAAGAUGGAGCAAUAGAAUAGAAAUCAACCAGAUAAAUAAUAUAUUUAGUCCUCAGCCCAACAUCUCAGGGCACUACUCCCAAAUUGUAAAUGGUGAUCUAAAAUACUCUUAAUGCCUGUUAAAAACUGGUACAUUUUGCAACUGUAUUCAUACAUGUUAAGUGUAAUAUUUCAUCUGGUCAGAUUGAGAAAUAUCCUUUAUCACAAGGAUUUGUUUUUGAGGCUACCUGGAUUUUAACCUGCACUUGAUACAAGCAAUAAAUAUCGUGGUUUUAUCUACAUUAUUACUGAAAAGAAAAUGACCUUUAAAUAAUGUGUGUAAUGUAUAAUGUACUAUUGACAUGAGCAUCAAUAAUUUAUAUUCUUAA